UAUUCUCAGGACUCUCAAACCCAAAUGGUGAUGGAUGAGAUGACCGGAAACAAAUUAAAAGGAAAAAGAUUUUUAACUACACGAAGCUGGUAGCUGGACGGGGAUAUAUAAACCCCGCACAGAGGCACCAGGACAGACCGGUCCGACCUCACACACUCUGCAGACCAGAUCAACCCCAUCGCAGAAGAAGAAGAAAGCCUCCCGGACAAGCCUACAGAGACAGAGAGAGAGGACCUGCAUUCUACAAGCAAGAGUAUUCCAAAGUACCCCAGCCGCUGUCAUGCGUUGCUCACUGGUCGUGGCGGUGGCGUUGUGCGUGCUCCUGUGCAGCGCGAGCCCGGCGGGGGCCCAGGUGAAGGCGGUGAAGCUGUGCGGUCGAGAGUUCCUGAGGGCCGUGGUGUACACCUGCGGGGGGUCCCGGUGGAGACGCCUGCUCCAAGACCCCGAGUCUCAAACGGAAGGAGACCAGGACAGCUUGGAAGGCGUGGGACGUAACGUGGUCACAGAGCUGACCCGGCGGGACAUGAAUAAUAUACUGACCACCGUGUGCUGCCAGGUGGGCUGUGGGAAGAGUGACCUACGCUUCCUCUGCUGAGGCCCCACCCUCUCUCUCCCUCUCUCUCUCUCUCUCUCUCUCUCCUUCCCUCCCUCCAUCUCUCCUUCUCGCUCUCUCUUUCUCCGAGUAACCAUGAUGAUCCCAUUCCACAAACCGAAGAUCCUAAAACGAUUAUAGGCCUAUAGAGAAAAUGUGCACGGCUUUAAUAUUUAUUUUUAUCAGAACUUAUAUUUCAGAUAAAGAUGUUUUAGUUUUCUGUUAAACUUUUAGUUCAUGUGGACUUGAAAUGUGACUGAUGUGUGACUAGGGGAUCACUGGUUGUGAACAGUUUUGCCGUUGGGUUGGCUAACAACUUGAAGCAAAUCAGUAGAGAAUAAGCCCAGUGCAUUUUCUAUAUCUAUUUUGAAUGCGUUUAUAAUAUGUGAAAUAUUGUAUCAUUUUGCCACUUUUGUGGAAUAAAGUUUCUCGCAUAUUU